UACUUUGUGGUUAGUACUUUUAGUUAUUUUCGUGUUAAAUAUUCGAUGAUCAGUGUAAAUAAUAAAGUAGAUGACGUUAAAUAAUAAGUUUAAAAUGGACAUUUAAUAAAAUCCAAGUUUUGGCAAAAUAGUUUAAUUAAACAACACAUAUUGAAAAAUACAUAAAAAUAAUAUAAAGUAUUGGAUAUGUGAUUUUUUGUAUUAUGCCUAGUGGACGUCGUAAUGCUAGUGGUCGGAGUGCUCCGACUAGUAAAUCACAAUUUAGUCUUGCUUCACCCACUGGAAGAAGUAAUAGCGGAGAUAGAAUAUUUGGAAGUGGAGGAGAUGAAAAAAAACUAGAUGAUAAUUAUGGAAAGUUAUUAGCACCAAAACAUGUACCUAUUCCAAUAGUACCAGUAGACGGACCAUUAACAUUUGAAGCCUUAUCAUUAGUUGUGUCAAUUGUUGCUGCAUGUUUACAAUUAUUAAAUCUGUAUAGGACUGUCUGGUGGUUAUCUCAUUCAUAUAAUUCAUAUAGUAUGAAUUUUUAUCUUAUAGAUCCUUAUCUUCUUACAUUUAUUAUUACUAUGGUAACACGAAGAUUUGUUUAUACAUUGUUACGACGAUUUGUUGAUGUUUCAUCUCCAACUCGUUGGUUCCACAUUGCUCAAAAAUUAAUGAGGAUAACUUUGUUAUCUAUAGUUCUGAGCAUAUUACUUUGGUGUUUAUAUCAUAUGGCAGAAAGGCACAAUAUAAUGAAAAUUUUUUAUUUAUGUUAUCCAAGUGUAUUUGUAUAUUUUUUAAUGUUUGGUGUCAGUAUAUCACCUUUCUUCGAUAUGUCAGCAGCACCUCGACAUGUAAAAGAAGAUAAAAGAAUGAAAUAUUUGUUGGAUACACCUUUACAUAACUGUUCAUUAAGCGCAUCAGCAAUCAGAGCUGAAGUUUCCACCUUUAGUACAGACUUUAAUCGUCGGUUGAAAAGAGCAUUAUUUGCGUCAAGUAGUACCGCUUAUGUCUGUGGUAUCGCUCCUAUCAUAUUUGUACCACAAUCUCUACAUUUCAAUGUGCCAUGGGUAGUACAAUAUGUUGUGCUGUUUUGGCUUGGAAGAAUAAGUGCUCACUUCGCACAAGCUUAUCCAGUAAGGUAUUGCGAUGUACUACAUAGAGCAGCCCUACAUUUAGGGCGUUGGAUAAAAAUUGAGAAUCAUAAUAACCAUACAUAUGCGCAAGUAUGGAAUGAUGCGGUUCUAUGGCCCCAUGGAUCGGUUGUAAAAUAUAAUAAAGAAAUAUAUCGCUCGGAUGGUCUUUGUACUGCUGCGGAACCAGGAAAUCGAAAUCAUUGUAGGUUUCAUACCUUAUUUAGCAAUCCUACAAUACUUCUAUGUUCUUUGUUGGGUCUUCAACUUCUACUCGUGGGGGCACAAUUAUUUAUUUUAAUACGCAUAACAGAAUGGUAUCAAGUACUAUCAAUGACGUUGCUACUUGUAAUCAAUUAUUACACCUUAUUUAAAGUAACCAGAGAUUACCUUGUUUGCUGGAAGGUGUAUCGUGCUGAACAAAUCAUACAAGAAAAAUGUCAGAUGAUUAUAUGGACAAUUUUUGUUGAUUUCGAUCGAUUAUCGAAAAUUAAGGAUUGUCUAAAGAAAUGUUUAGAAAUGUUCAAGUUCCAGUGCUAUAUUCGUACGUUGUUACUUGUUGAUAAUGCUAGUCCUCAUUAUCAUUGACAAAAAUAUUUAUCUCACGGAAAAGAUCAAUAUGAAAACAAUAGAAGUUUAUUAAGGUAAAAUGUUGCUUUAAAUUACAUCAUUAUAUUUCAUUUUGUCGUUACAAAGAUAUUAAAAUAGUAAAUUAAGAUGGAAUGAACGUGAAGAUAAGGAUUAAAUCGAAAUAAGACUUUAUUUCUUAUGAAGUACCAUAAGUCGUCAUUUUAUUUAACAGUAACAAAAGGUAAUUAGAACAUUGUUUAUAAUUGAUCUUCGUUUAUAAUUGGUUUUCCUGAAUCCAAUCAAGGAAAGAAUAGACUCUGGUGAAGACAUCUGGGGAUCCAACGGCGCAUGGAUAUCCGUAAGAUACAAUACCAAUUUGGACACCAUUGGCUACAAGUGGACCACCGGAGUCACCCUGUACAGAUAGAUUAAAUAAAUGAUUUUUAUUUUUCAUUAUUUUCGAAAAAGAAUAAUGAUGUGUGAUGGAAUCGAAAAGUCAAUCUGAACGUUAUAUUUACAUGGCAAGCUCCUUCACCCCGUUUGGUAAAAGUACAAAUUUGGCUGUCGGUUAAUCUCCAGUGUUUUAAUUUGCAAUUUUGUUGUUUUUCAAUGGACAAAGUAAU